GGGAGACGCGGUGGUACCGGAGGCGGGUGGGGCGCAGAGCAGAGCAGAGCGGAGCCUCGGCUGCGAUGCCGCGGGAGAUCAUCACCCUGCAGCUGGGCCAGUGCGGCAACCAGAUCGGGUUCGAGUUCUGGAAGCAGCUCUGCGCCGAGCACGGCAUCAGCCCCGAGGGCAUCGUGGAAGAGUUCGCCACCGAGGGCACCGACCGCAAGGAUGUCUUCUUUUACCAGGCAGAUGAUGAGCACUACAUCCCCCGGGCUGUGCUGUUGGACCUGGAGCCCCGCGUCAUCCACUCCAUCCUCAACUCCCCUUACGCCAACCUUUACAACCCAGAAAACAUCUACCUGUCUGAGCAUGGAGGAGGAGCUGGGAACAACUGGGCCAGUGGCUUCUCACAGGGAGAAAAGAUCCAUGAAGAUAUUUUUGACAUAAUAGACAGAGAGGCUGAUGGGAGUGACAGUUUGGAAGGGUUUGUGCUUUGCCACUCCAUCGCUGGUGGAACAGGCUCUGGGCUGGGCUCGUACCUCCUGGAGAGACUGAAUGACAGGUAUCCCAAGAAGCUGGUGGAGACCUACUCAGUGUUCCCCAACCAGGAUGAGAUGAGCGAUGUUGUGGUCCAGCCAUAUAACUCUCUGCUGACACUGAAGAGGCUGACCCAGAAUGCUGACUGUGUGGUGGUUCUGGACAACACAGCCUUGAAUCGGAUCGCGACAGACCGGCUGCACAUUCAGAACCCGUCAUUCUCGCAGAUCAACCAGCUGGUGUCCACCAUCAUGUCUGCCAGCACCACCACACUCAGGUAUCCCGGAUACAUGAACAAUGACCUCAUCGGGCUGAUCGCCUCGCUGAUCCCCACGCCCCGGCUGCACUUCCUUAUGACGGGCUACACGCCACUCACCACCGACCAGUCGGUGGCCAGUGUGAGGAAGACCACAGUCCUGGACGUGAUGAGAAGGUUGCUGCAGCCUAAAAACGUGAUGGUGUCCACAGGGCGAGACAGGCAGACCAACCACUGCUACAUCGCCAUCCUCAACAUCAUCCAGGGAGAGGUGGAUCCUACACAGGUUCACAAGAGUCUGCAGCGGAUCCGGGAGAGAAAGUUGGCCAACUUCAUCCCCUGGGGCCCUGCCAGCAUCCAGGUGGCUUUGUCCCGCAAGUCCCCUUACCUGCCGUCCGCUCACCGUGUCAGUGGGCUCAUGAUGGCAAACCACACCAACAUCUCCUCGCUAUUUGAGCGGACGUGCCGGCAGUAUGACAAGCUGCGCAAGCGAGAGGCUUUCCUGGAGCAGUUCCGCAAGGAGGACAUCUUCAAGGACAACUUCGACGAGCUGGACAACUCCCGGGAGAUCGUGCAGCAGCUGAUCGAUGAGUAUCAUGCAGCCACACGCCCUGACUACAUUUCCUGGGGCACGCAGGAACAGUGAGUGCCCUGCCAGGAGACAGGAAGGUCCCGUGGCCACCCCCACACUCGCCGGCAGGGCUCGUCUCUGCCGUGCCCACGUUUAUCACCCCUCGGCGCUGCCUGGCGCGGCAGAGCCCUCGCGCCGGCCGAACACGGAAGGCCCUCAGCGAGGAGCCUGCAGCUCCUCAGCGGGGUCAGCCUCCGCCCCACCGUGUGCCCUGGCCCAGGACAGGACUGGGGCAGCUGCGCGCUCUGCUGGGAGGGAACCUCUGCCUGUGGGAGCAACACUUGCCGUAAGGAGGAGGAGAGUGACCCUGAGGCUGGGAACAGGCCUGGCCCCCCCGUGGCCAAAGGCUCCGUGUGGCUGAGCUAGUCCUUGCCCUGGGCAGGAGCCUUGUUCCUCCUUGGCCAGAUCAGGCCUGGGGCACGGGCUGUAUCUAUAUUUUUGUAGGUUAUUUUGCUUUAAUAAAGGCUGUUCCUGCACUGA